CGUGUGUGCCUCAGGCCCAACCUUUGCUACUCCGGACAGUUUUUAGUGCAACACCAAUGAGAUUUCCCGGCGGUCUUUUUGAAAUUGUUUCUGUUUACACUAGCUGGACUAAACAAUCGGAAAAUUUACAAACUUUUUUAUUAUUAUUUGUUAAAUUUGGAAACAGAUUAAAUCGUUGUGUUUGGAGUAACGUGUAUGUCAUGUUAAAUAAGGUCCACAAACGCAGCCGGACAGCUUCAUCCUCGGUAUGACCUCUGGUCCUCUGAAAAAGAAAAACUACUUGGGGCAACACCAAAUAAAAAAGAAAAUAAGCAUCAACAUCAAUGAUGAGCCUCCAAACAGAGACAGGCUAUCGGAGAAAGCUUCCCACCUCCCUGAUAGAUCAAUUCAACUACCUAACAAUGCAAAACAGGAACAGGUGCUAGGGGAGUCCACUAUAGCUCUUGAUGAAGAGAUACUUCAAGUGUUUGGCCGUCUACAUCCUGAGAAGGACACAAUAAACAAACAUGUUCAGGAAGAAGUGCAGUCAUCAGAUGCCUCUGCACCAAACUUUGCACCAGCUGCAUGCACUAAAAAGGAUAUGGACUCCACACAGGUGAGGGUCAGAGCAUCUUUCGCAGAGAGUGGACCCCAUUCGGCCCUCAGUCCUCAGGAGGAAGACAGUCGACGUAAAAGGGACUGUAAGAGACCCGGAUGGAGAGCUGAGUGCAAAGAACUUGCUCACAAGCUGCUCUUCAGCGAGGAUUCUGGGAAUAAGGAAAACCCUCAGAAAAAUCAUUCAGACCCUUCUUCAGAUUAUGUCAAAGCUCAAGAAAUUCAAAGCAGCCCAGAUGCACACAACAGUUGCAAAGAUGCCUCUAGAAGAAGUCGCUCUCCUCUCCGUGAGUCAAGCCAGACUUCCAGUAAACCUCUGAAUGCCUCGAACGACUAUAUCUUGUUUAGCCCCAGACGUCUUGCAGCAGCUAUGAAGAGAUCCAAACUGCAGAGAUCAGUUCAGAAUCAGUCUGCUUCUGUCCUCACUGUCCCUAGUGGUUUGGAGCUCAGCACUCUAAGCGAUACAUUACCAAAACCAGGCAUUGCGUUGUGUGCCCCCGUAGAGCAAGCUGAAAAGCUACUGCUGUCCAGCUGGGGUCUACCCAAGCCUGUUUUAGAACAAUACCAGAAAUACGGAGUGACUCAGAUGUUUGAGUGGCAAGCUCAGUGCCUUACUGUGGGCCAGGUGCUGCAGGGAGGAAACUUGGUGUAUUCUGCACCUACAAGCGCUGGCAAGACUCUGGUGUCCGAGCUUCUGAUGCUAAAGCGUGUGUUAGAGACAAAAAGAAAAGCUCUCUUCAUUCUACCGUUUGUUUCUGUGGCCAAAGAGAAGAUGCAGUACCUUCAGAGUGUAUUUCAAGAGGUGGGAGUCCGUGUUGAGGGCUACAUGGGCAGUACUUCAGCAGCAGGAGGGUUCUCAAAACUGGACGUGGCUGUUUGCACCAUAGAAAAAGCCAAUUCUCUAGUUAAUAGACUCAUUGAAGAAGACGAUAUGGCUCUUUUAGGCAUGGUGGUGGUAGAUGAGUUACACAUGGUUGGAGACUCUGGAAGAGGCUACUUGCUAGAACUGCUUUUAACCAAAAUCCUCUACAUCUCUCGGAAGCAGAACACUUCAGGGUCUCUCUCUGAGGGUGUGCAGAUAAUCGGCAUGAGUGCCACUCUGCCAAACCUGUCCCUCUUGGCUGCCUGGUUAGGUGCAGAGCUUUACCAGACAGACUACAGACCUGUUCCUCUGGAGGAGUAUCUCAAGGUGGACAGCAACAUCUACGACAAGAGCCUCUCUGUGGUCCGGCAGUUCAGCCCCGUGCUACACGUCAAGGGGGACGAUGACCACAUUGUGAGCUUGUGUUAUGAAACGGUGAGGGAAGGUCACUCUGUGCUUCUGUUUUGCCCGUCGAAGAACUGGUGUGAGAAACUGGCAGAUAGCAUUGGAAGGGAGUUCUACAACAUCAGAGGUGCUGAUGGUAAAGCUGAACCUCAGCCGGUGUGUCUGGAUCGUGAGGGACUCAUGGAUGUUGUGGCUCAGCUUAGAAGAACUCCAGCUGGAUUAGACCCCAUCUUGCAGCGCACGGUGCAGUGGGGAGUGGGGUUCCACCAUGCUGGUUUGACCUUUGACGAGCGUGACGUGUUGGAAGGAGCUUUUCGCCAAGGCUUGGUCAGAGUCCUUUCUGCCACCUCCACUCUGUCUUCAGGGGUUAACCUUCCAGCCCGGAGGGUCAUUAUUCGAACGCCGACAUUCAAUGGACGCUUGCUGGACCCACUCACAUACAAACAGAUGGCUGGACGAGCAGGGAGGAAGGGAGUGGACACUAAAGGUGAAAGUUUGCUUGUAUGUAAGAAGUCAGAGGAAAAGAAAGGUGCUACUCUUCUAAGAGGUUCUCUUCAGCCAAUCAGCAGCUGCCUGGUCAGACGAGAAGGUGAAGGAGUCACCACAAGCAUGCUGAGAGCCAUCCUGGAGAUAAUUGUGGGAGGAGUGGCCAGCACUCCACAGGAUGUCCGGCUCUAUGCUUCGUGUUCUCUUCUGGCUGCCAGCAUGAAAAGUGACGACAAGAAGUCCUCUGACGAAGAGUCCAACAGAGGAGCAAUAGAGGCCUGUGUUGAAUGGCUGAUGGAGAAUGAAUUCAUCAACAUCCAGAAAGAUGAACAAGAUGAGCGAUACUGUCCUACUCAGCUUGGUGCUGCAACUCUUGCCUCCUCGCUCUCUCCUCCUGAGGCUCUGGGAAUAUUUGCAGAUCUACAGCGUGCCAUGAAGGGCUUUGUUCUGGAAAAUGAUCUGCACAUUAUGUAUUUGAUAACUCCACUAUAUGCGGAGUGGACCACCAUCGACUGGUAUCAGUUCUUCUGUUUGUGGGAGCAGCUGUCAUCAUCAAUGAAGAGAGUGGCGGAACUUGUUGGGGUGCAGGAGAGUUUUCUUGCACGAUCGGUUAGUGGGAAGCUUGUUGCAAAGACAGAAAAGCAGCGUAGACAAAUGGCAAUCCAUAAAAGGUUUUUCACUACUCUAGUUCUCCAGGAUCUGGUCAGUGAAGUUCCUUUGGGAACAGUUGCAUCCAAAUACAACUGCAAUCGUGGGCAGCUGCAGUCUCUCCAGCAGUCUGCUUCCACAUACGCUGGCAUGGUAACAGUGUUCUGCAAGCGUCUGGGCUGGCAUAACAUGGAGCUGCUGUUAUCUCAGUACCAGACCAGGCUGAGCUUUGGGGUUCAGAGGGAGCUUGUUGACCUGGUCAGGGUUUCUCUUCUGAAUGCAACCCGGGCCAGGGCGCUGUACGCCCAAGGUCUCUGUACGGUUGCAGAACUAGCCAGGGGAACAGUCGCUGAUGUAGAGAAAGCCCUGCGGAACUCAGUUCCAUUUAAAAGCUCUAAGCGUGCCGUGGAUGAAAGUGAAGUGGAAGCAGCUGAGAGAAGAAGCCUUCGCUGCGUGUGGGUCGCCGGUGGACGGGCUUUGACGGAACAAGAAGCAGCUGUUGAGAUUGUGUCGGAGGCGAGGCUCCUCCUGCAAGAAGACCUGGCUCGGUUAGGAGUUCAGUGGGACCCGGCUGCUCUCCCUGCAGAGUCAUGCAUCCCCGAUGGUCAUUCCAGUAGUGAUUCAGACACUUCACCUGCCUCUUGUCUGAGUCCUCCAGUAGUAAAGGCACACAGCUCUAAAGGUCACCACAAGGAAAUGGACAACAGAGUCACAGAAGAUAGAAAAGGUGUGAAAAGGAUGGUCAAAGGAGAAGACUCGAAUGAAUUGGACGUCAGAGAAAAGAAUAAUAAAAAAAUGAGAGCAAAGACUAACAAACCAAUACAAAACUACUCCGAAAACCCAGAUAAGACAGUUGGGAAUAAACAUGAGGAAGAGCGUGAAAAGGCAGAACAAGGAGAGACAGGAAGUACUACAGGUAAACCAGAGGGUCUUCAUUCAAAACCGCCUGCACCUGAAAGGAGCUUAACACAGGAGCUGGCUGACAUUGUAUCCAGCCUUUCACCUCAUCUCCUGCAGCCACCUCAGCCGUCAUUUUCUCCUUCUCCGGCACCACCUCCACGCUUCCGGGCUCCGAUAUCCAGAGGAGACGGAAGCAUAGCAGAGGAAGAAGGGCUCACAAAGCUAAGUACAUCACCAUUGCAGCUUGAGAGGUUGAAGCACUCAAAAGCUUUGAGCAAAGUCCUCCAAUCCAUUCAGUGCAUACACGACUCUGUAAACCCCUCUGAGAAAGCAGGCUCCAAACCCACAGUGAUUUCUAAUUUAUGUAAUUCAGAGCCUCCUGUUGAGGAGAUAAAAGCCGCCCAAACCUUUGGCCAUGCACAAGAAGAUGCAUCUGUCCCGUCAGCAUUCCCAGGAUCAGUUGACAGAUGCUCCCCUGAAGCCAAGCGGAGAAAGAUUGAUGCCGAAGACGCAGAGAAGUUUUCCUCACCUGAGCUGUAUGCGGGUGAUGACAGAGAUGUUGAUGUGCAGGCGAGUUUUGGUGACAGUUUUGAGUUGGAUACUCAAACUGAAAGAAUUAUAGUUCAACAAACACAUCGAAACUCAGAUGAGAGGAGUGGAGGAACAAAUCAACACAUCAGAGAGGAGGAAAGAGUGGAAGCAGCUGGAAAGCAAGUCCAGACUGUUGAUGAGGAGAGGAAUGACAGGGAAACCCCGGGGUGCAACAUUUCUCUCACCGACAGCCAAAUGGAGCACAUCCUGAACACCAGCCACCCGAAAUCUCCCAGUCCAGCUGCUGGUGACGACACCGAAAAAAGUGACAAUCCUGCUUCUGAAAGCGCCAACAGAAGCAGCAGUUUGCUGUUCGACAGCCUGUACGACAGUCCUCUGAUAGCAGCUCUGAGAGCAGAGCAGUCCGACGAAGACGAUUCUGCCCCCGCGGAGGCUGAGUGUCCUCUUCCGACCACCCAGCAGAGGCGACGCAGUGAGCUUCUGGCUAACCAGGAAGCAGAGGAGCAGGAGGCUGUCCGCUGGGGCGAGUCCUCCUUUAACCUGUCAGAGUGGGGCGACUCCCUCCUGGUUGGUGAGCACUUUCUGGAGAGGCAGAAUGUUCUGAGAUUUGUGGAGCAGACGGGGCAGCAAGUGAUCAAAAACCACGACUCGUGUGAUGCUUUAGAGUUGUGUCAGAAACAGCUGCUGCUUAAAGCUCAAAAUGAGCCUGGCGAGGACCAAUCGAGGAAUAUGAUGCAGCUUAAUAAUGAAGAACAAAGGGAUGAUCAGGAAAGGAAGUCAGACGAGAAGGAAAUAAAUGUUUUUUUAACCAAUAAUGAAAAUUGUAAACACCCACAUCAGCAAGAUCUUUAUUGCAGCCCUGGAUUACAAGAGAUAUUUGACCGCUGGCCGAGUAUGUCUGACCAACCUGGCUCAUCAACCUCUGGUAUACAAGCCGGUACUGCAAACGCAGCAAUGCACCCACAAACUGAUGCUGCAAAGACUGAGACACAAAAAGAACGACUCUCGGGAUGCGAGAGUGAAAAUGUGAUGCAGAGGCCAGGCUCUGCUGGGGACCUCAUUCCACCAACUCAAGAAAGAGCACCCGUCACACCAAGAGUAAAGCUGACCACCUCGUCCAUUCAGUCUCAAGGAUCCACCCCUCGGCCGCUGAAGCAGUCAACGCCCUCAAACCCUUCUGAAGCGACUUUGGGAAAUGGUCAUUUUCUGUCAGCAGUUGCCUCUUCCAGUAAAAAGCAAGAAAAGCCCUCACCAAAAAAGGAACUGAAGUCUAAUCCACAGCAAAGCUCAAAAACCAAAGCAAAACAGCAGACUGACCAAAAUGUCCAACUUCCCGCACAGAGUACUUCUCCUUCCUCUCCCGGGCCACGCUCUCCCUCUGACGCAGAGUCGCCUGAGAUUCCUGAAGGUUUUACUCUUCAGUUGUCCCAGGAUGAAACGCUCUGUUCAAGCAACUCCGGGACCUUCUCCAUCAUAGAUGUAGCGAGUGAUCGGCGCCUCUUCGAAACUUUUACAAAAGAAUGGAAAACAAAGGAGCGCUUUGCUCUGGCUUUGGCCCUUGAGAAGAGGGAGCACGGCCAGCAGCAGGGAGAGGAAAUAGGAGGCAAACAUAGGAGAGCUUCAACAGCUAACCAGAAGCUCAACAGACCAGAUGGCUUCCCAGUAAGAAACGACGAAGGACUUGUGCUAAUUGGACUGUCUGUCUGCUGGGGAGCCAGAGAUGCAUACUACAUAUCCUUACAGGAGGAGCAAAGCAAAGGUCUUAGCUCUAGUCUGGCUCCUCCUCCACUGGAUGACGACUUGGCCGUAACUGAACGGUUGGAGCAGGUGAAGGUCUGUCUGGGUGGACAACCAGCUGGCAACAAAGUGCAUGACGUGGUCGCAUAUGAUAUAAUUCGGGUGUACAAGAGACUAGUCUUAAGCUGUGGAAUCAGCUUAGAGGGAAACUGCGAAGAUCCAAUGGUUGCAUGCUGGUUGUUGGAUCCCAGCAGUGAAGAGAGGACUAUUUCCAACAUGGUGACUGUCUACUGUCCAGAAGAACUACCUCUGCUAGAAGGACUCGGAAAUUCGCAUUCAUACUGUCCUCGUGUCAGAGCAGCAACCAGUAGUGUGCUCAUCCACGCUGUCAUGAACCAUCUCACCGGUCUGCUGGAGGAAGAUGGCACCUUAGAUUUAUUCAGGAACGUAGAGAUGCCCUCUCAGGUUUGCUUGGCUCUUUUGGAACUGAAUGGACUCGGCUUCAGCGUCGAAGAGUGUGAAAGGCAAAAGCACGUGAUGCAGGCCAAGCUGUCGGCGCUGGAGAAUGAAGCGUACAGUUUGGCAGGUCACAGCUUCUCCCUCACCAGUGUUGACGACAUAGCACAGGUGUUGUUUCUGGAGCUCCACCUCCCUCCAAAUGGUGAGAUUGGAGAGCCGAGAACUAAGAAGACUCUGGGCUACACCAGAAGAGGCGGUGGCAAAGGGAGACUUGGGAAGCAAUUCAGCACUACGAAGGAUGUUCUGGAGAAGCUUCGUCCGCUACACCCACUCCCUGGGGUAAUUCUGGAGUGGCGACGGAUCACCAAUGCCUUAACUAAGGUGGUGUUCCCCCUACAGAGGGAAAAGCAAUAUCAUCCCAAACUGAAGAUGGACAGAAUAUACCCCACCGCCCAGACUCACACAGCCACAGGCAGAGUGAGCUUCACUGAGCCCAACAUACAGAAUGUUCCCAAAGAUUUUGACAUUGAAAUGCCCACCUUGGUGAAAGAGAGUCCACCCUCACAAAACGCCCCUCACAGACCCGGAAAAAAAAGGCGAUCUGUGACAGCAGCUGCUGCCCGUGGACCUGCGGAACAGGGCCCAGCGUUCUCCGUCAGCAUGAGACACGCUUUCAUUCCUUUUUCAGGUGGAAUGAUAUUAGCGGCUGACUACUCACAGCUGGAGUUAAGAGUGCUGGCUCACCUUUCAAAGGAUCAGCGCCUCCUUCAGGUGCUGAAUGGAGGAGCAGAUGUGUUUCGCUGCAUUGCUGCAGAGUGGAAAAAUGUUGACCCAGAGUCUGUGCAGGACGACCUGAGGCAGCAAGCCAAGCAGAUUUGCUAUGGCAUCAUCUACGGAAUGGGAGCCAAGUCUCUGGGGGAGCAAAUGGGAGUGGAGGAGAACGAUGCAGCCUGUUACAUCGAGAGUUUCAAAGACAGAUACAAAGGGAUCAGUGCUUUUCUUAAACAGACAGUUAAAAACUGUAUCAAAGAUGGUUUUGUCCAAACACUGAUGUCCCGCAGGAGAUACUUACCUGGAAUCAUCAGCUCCAACCCACACAUCAGAGCACAUGCUGAGCGGCAGGCGGUCAACACGACCGUGCAGGGUUCAGCUGCAGACAUAGUCAAACUCGCCACUGUAAACAUCCAGAAACGCCUACGGGAAACCUAUCCUGGCGUGCCACCUUCUCACCAGCACCUUCACACAGCUCGUAAUCAGCGCAGAGCUGUCAGAGGAGCCUACUUCAUCCUGCAGCUGCACGAUGAGCUCAUCUAUGAAACAACAGAACAAGACCUCAUUCAGGUUGCACAGAUCGUCAAGAGAGAGAUGGAGUCUGCAGUGAAGCUGUAUGUGAAGCUAAAGGUCAAAGUCAAGAUGGGCAGCAGCUGGGGAGACCUUCAGGAUAUUGACAUAUGAAAUGAUUGGAUUAUAAUGAAAUCAAAUGCAUUUUUAUCUUUACUUUGUAUCAUAAGAUGCCAUCUUUUGCACAUAUUUUAAAUAAUACUGUCAGCAAUGAAAUGUAAACAUGAUCUCUUAAAUGUAUUUUUUUUUACAUUACAUAGAAUUUGUGCCAACAUUUAUAGGGACAUUAAAUAUCAAUGAUGAAAAAGUGAUGUUUUAUAGACUUUAAUCAUAAAAGCAUCUUUAAAUCAAAUGUCACAUGACGUACUGGGAGGUGGAUUUGACACUUUUCGAAUUUGCUGCAUGAAGUAUUUCAACUUUUGUGACUGUUUUUUUAAAAAAGCUUUUCACAACUGAGCUUUAAAAUCAAGAGAAGAUCAGAGUUUAUUGAUUUCAUUCAAAACUCCAUGAACAUUUUGUCAAGACAAUAGAAUACAGAUUAGCUCAAAGACCCUUUCACAACAUCCGAGUGGAAUUUAAAGGACAAUUGAUUCGCCUGGAUUAACACUUAUGUCCUAUUCAUUAACAAUAAACCAGUGCACCAUGACAGAGGGCAUUUGACACAAAAAAAAAAGAAAUAAAUAAAUGUCACAGACAUGAAUCUAUAAACAUAUGUCAAAUAAACCAUGAAGAACAGGGAUUUGUUUAAAAUAAAAAGUGUUUCCAGAUGUUGGUACAAAUGUCUCAAAAUAAGGCUUUUUCUUGUGCGAAACAAUUAAAAAAGUAAUACAGAACAUCAAAAUAUGUCAAAUGCUGUCAUUGCAAUCAUUACCCACGUAAUCAAAAAUAAACUGGGUAAGACUAGCAGCUACUAUUGGAUGGUUCUACUCAUCAAGAACGUCACCCAUCAGAUGCAUAUUUUUAGGUGCAAAGUGAUAAAACUGCUGCUUUUCUAUCAUCCUAAAAUGUUUCAUCCAUCUCCGUUGUCUUUUUUGAGGCAGUCAGAGCUUAAAGAACAAUCAUUAGAAGACACGAUAAUAACCAACAUCUUUGGUGGUUUUGCCACUGCUUAAAUGCUGAACUGUUCAAAUACACAACAGCUGGGUUUUUGUUUCUUUACUGGAAAAUUCAGAGGGGAAAAGAAAAAAGAAAAAGUAUGUGAUGACUGCCAACUAUCAAUGUUUAUUGUGUCAACAGCCCCACUCACAGAGUCCUUUGGGCUGGAGCAGAAUUUAAACCUAAAGUGAGAAAUGGGCUGUGUGGGAGGAUGUGAGCUUUCUGUAAACAGUUAUCGUCAGGCUCAGAGCCACAAACAAAAAAAAGAAGGUAAGGCAUCAGCACAAGCAGAGCUGUGCGUUUCACCAGAGUGUAAAAAGAAACAACAGGGAGAACAUAUGUACAAAAGGUUCAACAGUAAGUGCUACUCAAGCAGCCUUUUGUGUUCACUGGCUAGAUGUGAGGCGAAGAGAACUUGUUUAAACCUUUCUUGCAGGGGUUGUGCUGGGGGGCUCAGAGCUCUGACCCGGUCCCACAACUUCCUGUGGGAAAACCCUUGGCCCUGGCUUGCAUUCUUGGGGCAUAACAGUUUAUGUUAAAAAAAAAAAAA